AUGAACAGUAACAGCAGUAUUAACAACAACAAGAAGAAGACUAGAUCUGAGAAGAAUAAACCCUUGGAGGUAUCAUCACGAGCCCCAGUAUCGGCUGGUAGGGAGCGUAAAUCUAGUAGUAAGAAGAGCAGUGGAUCUACUAUAAUAACGGACCCUCGAUUCAAUGAUCUCAGUGGAUCAUUCAAUGCUGAGGGCUUUGCUAAAGCAUACUCCUUCCUCAAUGAGUAUCGUGAGACCGAGAAGGCGGAGAUGAGUAAAGAGUUAGCUAAGUUGAAGAAGAAGGGUAAGAUGGCAGCAGCCGAAGGUAUCAAAGCUGAGCUAGAACGUAUGGAGUCCCAGGAUGUGGCACGUCGACGCUUGUCUUUAAAACAUGAGGCUAUGAAGGAUAUAAGGCUAAAGCAGAGAGAACAAGUAGCCAAGACAGGUAAAAUGCCUUACUUCCCGAAACAAUCAGAGGUUAAGAAACGAGUUAAAGAUGCGAUGUUGCGGGAGACUGCUGGGAAAAGUAAAGGAGCUCAGGAGAGAGUAUUGGCUAAAAGGCAGAAGAGGGAUGCUGCAAAGGAGAAGAAACAUCUACCUAGUCGACGGAUUAUCGACUCUCAAGAUUACUGA